AUGCUCAACGAGGAGACCGAGUUAGAGGCAGAGGCAGAGGCAGAGGCAGAGGCAGAGGCCGAGUCCGAUUCCGAUACCGAAUCCGAGGCUGAGGCCGAGGCUCUGGCAGAGGCGGAGUCUGAAGCGGACUCGGAGUCCGAGUCGGCCAUUCCAAGCUGCCACGUGGACGGGUCGUCGAGCACCCACAGCGCGGACGACCACGGGUCCCACUCGCCACUUCCGCAGCUGCAGCUGCUGCUCUUCCUGCUGCUUGUCGGAAUCUGA